AGGGAGCACUACUCUGUGGGACAGGCCACAUAGCUAAAACCCGGCGGGCCAUAGGGCCCCGCGGAGGAGGCCCCAGAAGGCGGACCAGGUUUCGGAAACCUCCGGACACUUCCAGCCUGUUGCUUAUUCAUUCAGAGUGGGAAAGCGCCAGCCUAGCGAGCAGCCAGCGUGGGGCUGGCCAUGUAAGGGCCCCAGGAGGUCCUGCCCGUCCCGUGCCCUGCAGAAAGCUUCGUACAGCCCUGGGCACCGCCCCUGCCCUGCCCUGACCCCUUGGCCUCGAAAUGUUGUCAUCGGAGGAGCCGUCCCGCUCGGGACAAGGCCAGGAUGGACAAAGCUAGAGCUUGGGCAGGCGAGGAGCCGUUCUGUCCUCGAGGCCGUGGAAAGAGAAGCAAGCACCGGGGCCUACUCCUGAGAGCCUCUCUGCCCACUUGGCCUCUGCAGAAGGGCCACCAUGGCUCUGGCCGGAGCCUGCAGCCAACUGGGGACCCUGGUGUGGGGCGCUUGCCUGUGUGUCCUGGUGCACGGGCAGCAGGCGCAGCCAGGACAGGGUUCGGACCCGGGACGCUGGCGGCAGCUGAUCCAGUGGGAGAACAACGGGCAGGUGUACAGCCUGCUCAACUCGGGCUCUGAGUACCUGCCCGCAGGGCCCCAACGAGGGGAGAGUAGCUCCAGGGUGCUGCUGGCAGGCGCUCCCCAAACGUCGCAGCGGCGCAGCCAAGGGGGACCCAGGCGUCGGCAGGCGCCGUCCCUGCCCCUGCCUGGGCGUGUGGGUUCGGACACUGUGCGUGGCCAAACGCGGCACCCAUUCGGCUUCGGCCAGGUGCCCGACAACUGGAGAGAGGUAGCCGUCGGGGACAAUAACGGCAUGGCUCGGGCCCGCACCUCCGUCUCCCAGCAACGGCACGGGGGCUCCACCUCCUCCUCCGUCUCGGCCUCAGCCUUCGCUACCACCUACCGCCAGCCGUCCUCCUACCCUCAGCAGUUCCCCUACCCGCAGGCGCCCUUCGUAAGCCAAUAUGAGAACUACGACCCCGCAUCGCGGACCUACGACCAGGGCUACGUGUAUUACCGCGGUGCGGGCGGCGGCAUGAGCGCGGGGGCGACGGCUGUAGCCUCGGCUGGGGUCAUCUAUCCUUUCCAGCCCCGGGCGCGCUACGAGGAGUAUGGCGGUGGCGGCGAGGAGCAGCCCGAGUACCCGGCCCAGGGCUUCUACCCAGCCCCGGAGAGGCCCUAUGUGCCCCAGUCCCAGCCGCAGCCUCAACCGCAGCCGCAGCCGCAGCCCCAACCCUCCGACGGCCUUGACCGUCGCUACUCGCACAGCCUGUACAAUGAAGGCACCCCCGGCUUCGAGCAAGCCUAUCCUGAUCCCAGCACCGAGGUGGCGCAGGCCCCCGCCGGGGCCGGUAACACCUAUGCUGGCCCUGGAGAUCCCCGCCUCGGCUGGUACCCGCCCUAUGCAGCCAAUGUACCGCCCGAGGCCUAUGUCCCUCCUCGUGCAGUGGAGCCACAGCCCCCAUUCCGCGUGCUGGAGCCGCCUUACCUGCCUGUGCGCAGCUCUGACGCGCCCUCGUCGGGUGGGGAGCGGAACGGCGCCCAGCAGGGCCGUCUCAGCGUGGGUAGUGUGUACCGACCCAACCAGAAUGGUCGCGGCCUCCCUGACUUGGUUCCGGACCCCAACUAUGUGCAGGCAUCCACAUACGUGCAGCGAGCCCACCUGUACUCCUUACGCUGCGCAGCAGAGGAGAAGUGUCUGGCCAGCACAGCCUAUGCCCCUGAGGCCACCGACUAUGACCUCCGAGUACUUCUGCGCUUCCCCCAGCGUGUGAAAAACCAGGGCACAGCGGACUUCCUCCCCAACCGGCCACGCCACACCUGGGAGUGGCACAGCUGCCACCAACAUUACCACAGCAUGGACGAGUUCAGCCACUAUGACCUGCUUGAUGCAGCCACGGGCAAGAAAGUGGCCGAGGGACACAAGGCCAGCUUCUGCCUGGAGGACAGCACCUGUGACUUUGGCAACCUCAAGCGUUAUGCAUGCACCUCUCACACGCAGGGCCUAAGUCCAGGCUGCUAUGACACCUACAAUGCAGACAUUGACUGCCAGUGGAUUGACAUAACCGAUGUGCAGCCUGGGAACUACAUCCUCAAGGUGCACGUGAACCCCAAGUACAUCGUUUUGGAGUCCGACUUCACCAACAACGUGGUGAGAUGCAACAUCCACUACACAGGUCGCUACGUUUCUACAACAAAUUGCAAAAUUGUCCAGUCCUGAUCUCUGAGUGGACUGAGCCCCCUUGUCUCUCCUUGGAAAGCAGGUCCUGCUUCCAGGCAGCCUCCCUCAAGAAGCCCAGCUGCCUAGCCCAAGGGCGAGGGGCAGCUAGCUGCUGGGGCAUCCCUCCCUGCCAACCUCAGGGAGUGAACAUGGACCAAACCCACAGGGAUUCUGGAUGCCAGACCCCGUUCUUGUACCUAAUUCUCCUCUGGGACAUCACUUUGUCUGUUGUUGGUUUUUAAUGUUUAUAUUUUGGCCAUCCCACACAGCAAGAUUGCCCGGGUGCUGAAUAAAAUAAGGGUUUUCUAGUCUGGAGUUCCGCUGUGGCCUAGUGACUUGGUGGACCACAGCUGGGUCAGGCCCAAGAGAUGGUCUGGGGUUUCGGCCUUUGUGUAGAAAAGUGUAGUAAGGGGUGGCUGCCAACCUGCUAGGACUCCAGCAACCUCCAAGAUACCAGGCUUAGCCACCAUGGAAAUGC